AUGUAUUUGUAUGGAAAGCAGUUCACUCUUAUGACCGAUUGUAAAGCGUUAGAGUUCUUAUUCACUCCUCGUUCGAAGCCGUGUGCUAGGAUCGAACGGUGGAUAUUGCGACUGCAAGCAUUCGAUUAUCAUGUCGUACAUAUUCCUGGAAAUCAGAAUAUUGCUGAUUGUCUUUCUCGAUUAGGAACUGUAUCAUCUGCUGCAUUUGAUCCAGAAGAAGAAAUUGUCAUCCACGAAAUAGCAGCUCAAGCCGGAACAACAUAUGCCCUGAAGUGGAACGAGAUAAAAGAGGAAAGUGGAAAGGAUUCCGAAAUCGCCCAGGUCGUUCUACUUCUUGAAACUGGAAAUCAGCUAGAUUUGCCAUUAGCAUACCGAGUCAUAGCAAAUGAACUGUGCUGCAUUGAUACUGUAUUGCUGAGGGUUGAUCGAAUUGUCAUUCCCAGAACUCUUCGAGAAAAGUACUACAGAUUGCACAUGAAGGACACCCAGGGUGAAUAUGAUGAAAAGUCAUUUGAGGACCAAUGUUUGGUGGCCUAA